UCGAUCUAUAUAUAAAUAACAUGACACACCUUAUUCUAUACACCACUUAUAUCAUCAACAAACCAACUCCACAGAAACCAAAGAAAAACUCAUGGCUAAGCUCAUUUUCUUCUUAGCCGUCCAAAUCUUCCUCCUCGCCAUCGUUUCUUCCACCGGAGACGACGGAGAAAACUUUGCCAGAACCAUAGAUCGGAAGCUUCUCGGUCUCCACAAGAAAGAGAAGCUAACCCAUUUCAAAGUCUAUUGGCACGACAUCUUAAGUGGUCCAAACCCAACCUCCAUCAUGAUUCAACCACCAGUUACAAACAAUUCCUACUUCGGAGCCAUCUCCAUGAUCGACAACGCCUUGACGGCGAAAGUUCCGAUGAACUCAACUCUGUUGGGUCAGGCCCAAGGCUUUUACGCCGGAGCAGCCCAAAAGGAAUUGGGUUUUCUAAUGGCGAUGAACUUUGCUUUUAAGACAGGGAAGUACAACGGAAGCACCAUCACGAUUCUUGGUCGGAACACCGCGAUGUCGGAGGUCAGAGAAAUGCCUAUUGUCGGAGGAAGUGGGCUUUUCCGAUUUGCUAGAGGGUACGCUGAGGCUCGGACAAAGUGGAUUAAUCUCAAGAACGGCGAUGCUACUGUUGAGUAUAGCUGUUAUGUCUUGCACUAUUGAUGUUUUUUUGUAGUAAUUAUAUAAUUCAUCUGGCGACCUAAUAAGAUUUUUAUAUGUUAUGCUUUCUUACGUUUUCUUUUUGCAUUUUGGUUUAUGGUGUGUCCGGUGGAUUUGUGGUACUGUAGUAGUUUUGUCGGUUAAUAAUAUUUAUAAUAGUUUUAUUUCAA